CAAGAAUGUCUGUGUUUUGAGUGAUGGCUGGGUUGUAAUGUCGCUUCUCCAAAGAAAAUUUUGUCCAAUAUUUGCAAACGCUCGUAGGAAUUGUUGCAGAACAUGGAGCAAGGAACUGUGGACAUAUUAGAUACAGAAUCAGAUGGGAACUCUUCGUGGAAUAUUUCCCUUCAAUCUUACUCUGAAACCAGCAUUUUCCAGCAACUUCCAAGUCACAAGUCAGUGAAAAGAAGAUCAAAAUCUGUCAUUUCCAAAGAUAAACAUCGGUCCUCUGUCAGAAACCCAACUGAGCUUUCAACUUCAGAGUACACAUAUAAUGAGGUGGAUCUAUUUGUGGAUGGCAAGCAAUCUCUGAGAGAGCUUCCUAUCAGUAUGGCAGAGAAAAAGAGAGUGAGGGAAAAGAGAACGUGUGACUCAGAGUUUCUCAGCAAAUGGGAAAUAUGGAAGCAAAGUCAGCAGAAAUCACUGAGGAGGCUGCAAGAGGAAGUGACACAUGCCAUAUCAUGGUUAGAACUGUGGAAGAGGUCUCUGAAUGAAAUAGAAGGUCGCUAUGGGACCGGCAUCCAGUCAUACUUCACUUUCCUUCGUUUCCUGGUUUUCCUGAAUCUUUCUGCGUUCCUUUUGGUUGGUGUGUUUGUGCUCCUGCCUUCCAUCUACAUAACCAACAUGAAACUCAUUCAGACAGACACCGAGCGUCUGAAGAAUAUUUCUCUUUCAGCACCUGAUUGUUUCAAAUAUGAUCUAUAUCCAAAGGGCUUGGUUUCUUUUUAUGAAAAAAUCCUGGAUCUGUUCUCUGGGACAGGAUUCAUGGAAGUUUCCUGGAUGUUCUAUGGGUAUUAUAAGUUUGGUGUGUACGAGGGCUUGAACUACAACCUUCCCUUGGCUUAUCUGAUGACCAUGAUCUUCUAUUUCCUACUCUGUCUUUGCUGGAUUGUAAAGAGGACAGUGAAUGGAUUUAAACAAGAAAGUAUGCAUGAAAGUAAUUACAAUACCAGACAAAGUGCCAAGAUCUUCGCUCUCUGGGAUUUUUGUAUAAAGGAAACCUUUAUGGCUGAUCUUAAACACCACGGCAUUGUGAAUGAACUGAAGAUUGACUUAGCGGAGGAAGCGUACAAGAAGAGAAAAGCAGAACGAACUACAAGGGAGAGAGCAUUUCUUUACUUCAUCCGUUUUUUGCUCAAUUUGUUUAUCAUGAUUGUAUUGACUGGCACUUUCUAUGUCAUUUAUCAAGCAACAAAAUCAUCUCAAAAUUUCCAGAGGAAGGAGAAUAGAAUCGGGAGAUUUGCAUUCAUCACGGAAUUCUUCAUGGAAUAUCUGCCAUCCAUUAUCCUCACUGUUAACAACAUUCUUCUGCCAUGCUUAUUUUGGAUAAUUAUCCAAUAUGAAGAGUACCCACCAAACACUGAAAUCAAUUUGAUAUUAAUCAGGUGUACCUUUUUAAGGCUGACCAAUCUGGGCAUGUUGGUGUUCUCUCUGUGGCAGCAGGUCACCUGCUCUGAUGGGAAAAGUAAAAAGGAUUGUGAAACCUGCGGUUACAACAUACAUUACCAGUGUUGGGAGACGAAGAUUGGGCAAGAAAUGUACAAGCUGUUCUUGUUUGAUUUUCUAGCUGCCAUCGGUGUCACAUAUUGUGUGGAACUUCCAAGAAAAUUCCUGGCGGAUCAUGUUACCUUUGAGUUACCGAAGAUAUUGCAAAAGCCGCACUUCAUCAUUCCAGAAAAUGUUUUGAAUAUUGUUAAUGGACAAACUAUCGUCUGGGUUGGAAUGUUUUAUUCUCCAUUGCUACCGCUUCUCAAUGCCAUCAAAUGCAUAAUCACUUUCUACAUGAAAAAGCACAGUCUGUAUUAUUACUGUCGUCCUGCGAGAAGGUUGUUUCGAGCAUCCAGCUCUAAGAUUUUCUUUCAGCUGACGCUGUUGUUUGGAUUGACUUUAGCAUUGGUCCCAGUUGUUGGUCAUAUACUUACGCUUCAUCCAUCCAAGGCAUGUGGUCCAUUUCGAUAUUAUGAAUCAGCUUGGGGAAUUGUUCCAGAAGUUGUUACAAGACUUCCACAACAGGCACAGAAAUUUCUUAUCCACAUUAAAUCUGAAGCCUUUCUGUUGAUAUUGAUCACUGUUUUAUGUAUAGUGCUGACAACAUGUGUUGCUUUGGUUCGAGCUAACAGAAGGACUAUUACCCGGCUGAAAUGGCAUUUAGCACUGGCAGGAAAGGAUAAGCAGUAUUUGGUGAAAAAACUAUCUACACGUUCUCAGCAUCAAAGAAAUUUUCAUUUUCAAGACAGUUUUUCCAACAGCACUCAAGAAAUCAACAGCUGGACUUGAACCUUACCGCAAUGGAACAAUGGAAUAGUCUGUUGUGAGCAAAAAUGAGAGAAGAGAAAAUAUUACUGAGGUCUUGCUUAUUCUUUAUUACUUAAAGAAUGAAUGAUGUUCAUCUGAUACACAUCUUCUAUGUUUGCUGACAAGUUAGCCCUGCAUACUCUUUACAUCGUUAUGCAGAAUAUAUAUCCAUUGUUAUUCUUGGCUACCUACUUUUGUGUGUGAUAUUUUGUAAAUAAAGUUGAACUGCAACAAAAUGCAAUGGCUUCAAAAAGGGGAGAAUCAGAAUUUUAAAAAGAAAUCCAGAAAAGGUAUGUAUGACAACACAAUUUCAUGAAAAGUGUCUCUGGACCCUUGUUUUGGCAUAUGAAAUUCACUCAAAGAACAAAACAAAGAGAUCUACAAUGAAGUGAGGUAGGAUUAGUAUAUUCACUCUAGGUUUUAGAGUCAUAGAGUUACAGAGUUAUACAGGACAGAAAUCGGCCCUUUGACCUACCACAUCCAUGCUGACCAUUACCCAUCUACACUAAUCACAUUUGCCUGCAUUAGGACCAUAUCCUUCUAUGCCUUUUGUUGGAGAGAUUCAUCUUGCUUAACUUCUUUUAAUUGAAAUUGAGUAAUUGGGGAUCUGCUACCAUAUUGUGUUCCUUCACUUCCCCAGACCUCAACCACAUACUGCAUCAAAACAAAAUCCCCCAUGCCCCUUUUUGUUUCUUUAUCAGAUUCUCCAGUGUAGAUUUGAUUUUGUUUAGACCUAUAGGAAAGUGGACUAUGAAUUUUCAUAUGCAAAACAAAUAUUUCAUAUAUAUAUAUAUAGAUACAUAUAAACAUUUUUAAAUACUUGUCAAUUUUUUUGUUUCUAUUUGAAAUAUGUUUAUAAUGGUUGGCUUCUUGAAAUAAAAUGCAAUUUAUAAUAA